UAGAGGUACUUUAAUAUCCCUUGGUGAGAACACUCUGAAAGUAGCAGUCGGAUUUCUGCUCGCAAAUAAUUUUCAGUACACUGCAAACCCUGUUAUCUAUCCCAGGGCUGCAGUGAAACUGGAACCAGUACCAGCCAGCACAGUGCACAGGGCUGAGGGAAGACCCUAGAUGGGAUGCCAGUCCAUCACUGGGGAACCUCGUCCUUUGCUUUGAUGCUUUCUCCCUACACCUCAGCAAAAGCCAUCUACAGUUGGUGUUUACCUGCUGAACUUGUUUUCUUUCCGCAAAAAGUCAAGUUUAAUGCUCUUCCUGACCACAAGCAGUGUUGUCAUCCUCAGAAAGAUCUUAAACCUCCCCUGGGAGUUAUGCACAAGCCCUUCUGAGGAAUUGCGCCUCUGUAAUUCACUUUGGCUCCCAUUUUAAUGAGGAUAAAUUGCUUGAGUCUUUGCUAUUAAGUGUCGCUUCCCUGUGCAUUCUGUUGUCUUAGCUGGUCUGUUCAUUUUUUUUCUGCCUGUGUAGCUCACAUUCUGGCAGUUCAUCAAGUCCUGUUCUCUGGCCAACAGUCAUCUGGGACGUGUGAAGAUCUCCCACCGGAAAAAAAUGUCUUCCUUUUAGCAGCCAGCUUGGCCGUGGUCCUCUGAGUAGCACGUCGAGUUAUUUUUUGCCGUAGUUCAGACGGUGACGGCCGCUGGUGAAAUUACACCUGUGUUGGUGGCAACAGUUAAGCUUCUGACGAGCCCUGCUUCAUACAGACAGUGUCUGAAAUACCCAAAAAAAGACCUAGGGGAAGAUGAGCUUGAUUUUAUAAACACAGCUUUAUGAGGACAGAAAAAAGACGUUCCAUCCCAAAGUAUCCUUCAGCAAUUCAUACUUUCCAAUUAAUUCAACAACAAGCAGGAGAGAAAAAUACUUAGGAGCAAUUUACUAUUUACAAGCGUUGAUAUUACAAUUUUGGUCAAACAAUAGAGAUCAAUUAAACUUUUAUUUAGUUGUAUAAACUAGAAUUGGAAAGUAAUUGUUGCUAUAAUUAAUUAUAUGUGUAUGACAUUAAUGUUCAGUAUGUGAAUCACCAUGUUGUUAAAUUACCAAAAGUAGAAGUUUUUCUAAUAAUGCUAUGAAGUAUUGCAAUAUGCAACUUGAACUAAAUAUAAAAUAUAAUAAAGCAAAAUCAUUUAGACAGAUUGAGCUUCAAUUUUCCAAGCUCCUUGCCAUAAUUUAUACCAUCACAGCAGGGACCUGCUGAAUGAUAAACUCUGUGAAUGUGAUUCAGACUGGUAUUUCUGCACACAGAUUAUGUUAUAGUGUUUAAAACCCUCUGUAACUGCAAUCCCAUCAUUCUUGCAAGAGCCUCACAAGAUUAUCAUACCCUGCUCACCCCUAACAAGUGCAUAUAUAUAGUAAUACGGCAAAGCAUAAUACGUGUAAUAUGCUACUUCGUGAUACUUAAAGGAGAGUUUAGAAUAGAGCAGUAAUGUUGUAAUGCAGAUUAUGCAUGUGAAUCAGCAGCGUGUGUUUGCGAAGACCAGGUGUGUGUGUGUGUGUGUGUGUGUGUGUGUGUGUGUGUGUGUGUGGAUCAGCUGUCAGCACCACACGCCUCUGUCUCCUGUGUCUCCCUCCUUCUCGCUCGCUCUCACUCGCUCUCUCUUUCUUUCUCUCUCUCCCCACCUCCUCGCUAGACUGCACACCGCCCACUGCUCCAGAUUCAUGACAGUCACACACACAUCAGCAGCAUCAGUAUCUCACACGCGCGCACACACACGCGCACGCACGCGCACACACACACAAAAUACAUUAGUAGUGCUAAUAGCUUGCACUAUUCUUCAUAUACACAUGCAGGAAGCUCACACUUACCCACAAUUUAAACAAAGUCAUACAUGCAAAGCCACACACUAAACACAGAUACCCAAAUAAGACAUCCCCAAAAUAAUCACACACACACAACCAUACACUAAACACAGACAUGCAUACACACUCAGUGUGUACAGUUCUUAACAAAAGUCAUACACAUACAGACAUACUUAACCGCACAAUCAAAUUACACACACCUGACAGCGAUUCACACACCUAAAACGCGCAGUUAACACUGCAUUUCCUCCUACAUUGCAGCUGGAAGGAAGCAUCUGGCUGCAAACGAGCUUUAUUCACAGCCUGAGUGACUCACUCAUAAAGGAUUGUCUCUUGAAACACGCACACACACCCUGAUACAGACACACCGUCACACACAGGGAAAUGGCCGGCUCUUCCACAUAUCACAUGUUGAGUACAUGUAGGGUGUCGUCGUGUCACACACGCCGACGGGGUGCAGGAGCGUACAGCGCACUCGCUGUCUGAGAGCUUGUCCAGGGACUAUUCUGCUCCACCAUUUCUAGAAAAUGCAAAAAUACCAGUGAAAAUAUCAGUGAAGGAGUGGAGAGAGAGACAAAAGCGAAAAGGGGAAGGUAAUGAGGAAAGGAGGAAUGGCUUCCUGAAGGGAGGAGGAUGGGGGGAGAGAAAAACAGUUUACAUAAAAAUUACAAGUAUCUCCCUUCAUCCUGUGAAAGUCGUGACACACUAUUCUUUUAUCAAACCCAAGCGGAAGGUGCUCCAUCCCAGGAUUGGCCAACCGCCGGCGGCAGGUGACCAAUGGCGGGAGAGGAGGGGGGCAACCCGUCUCAGCUGGGCUUCUCUGCAUGAGCAAGGCGAGCUGGCUGGGGGGGGGGGGGGGGGUGGAGCUAGCCAGGCUCUGAGGAGGAGAGGGAGAAGGAGAGAGAGCGAGAGGGAGCAGAGAUUUCCCUAGUGCCGCUGACAGCCGCACUGACUGGGCUGUUCUGCUACAUCCACGGUGCCUGGACUGCAAACGCACACAGCCGGGCUGCUGCAUCCACGCCGGCUGCGCAGCCACUCCUGCGGCUCCCAGGCUGCGCACCACCCAGGAGGACAUCUGUAUCCGAAGCAUCUGGGCUACGUCCACCACACCUGGAUCAUUCCCACGGCAACCGGGCUGCUCCUCGCUCAGGGAGCGGGCUCCUGCUUCGGGGACGUCCCAUGCCAGCGUACUCCUCUCCUGGCCCCUGGCACCAGCCGACUCUCUUCCUCCUCUUCGUCCUCAUCUUCCUGGACCCCUGUGUGCACAGACUCCCAGAAGCCCCUGCUCCCGCCUACCGUGGGAAUGGGCUGCCGGCUCUCUGGGCUGUGGCUCGGAGACGGAAUGGGGGUGAAUGGGCGGGAUCUGCCUCAGGUCAGCCAAUGGGAGGCUCUCCGGAUCCUUGGUGCCUACGGGCAGCCGGUUGCCCUGCAGACAGAGGGGCAGACGAACAUGUCAGACAUUAGCACACAGACAGAAAGGCCGCGAGAGGCCCUCAGAAGCAGAGGAAUCAACAGAGGCCCCACAUCCAAGCCGCAUACCUGUACUGACAGGUCCCACUGCGGCCACAUGACCCCAUCGGGUGAGCCCUUCCUGCCCACUAUCUCCCAGGAGAUGGAAGCUGUGGACAGGCUAGCUUACAGGCUCCAGGACCCCAAUGCAACUAACACCGCCUCCAAGCGCCAUAGCUGUCUGAUUGGAUGCUGCACUGCCAAUCUGGAAGAGCCCAUCCCAUUCCGAAGCCAGACAGAGGAGCCUCCUUUUGGCCCCCAACUGCUGUUACAUGAGCUGGACAGCGGUCUGGGCUGCACCGAUGGCAGCUUCCACCAGGGGGAGCUAUCCGGGGUGGAGACGGAAGAGGAGGAGGGAGCCGUGGAGGAGUGCACCAGCCGGGGUGGGUCCUCCUCCUCAGAGUCAUUCAUCUCCUCAGAGCUCAGCGACUCCGGCUUCUACAGUGUGGGCCCUGGUGAAUUCCGCCGCUUUCAGAGGCUUCUGGAGAAGAAGAUUCGGUUGUACCGUUCCAGGAUGGCACCACAUGGAAAGCCAGGCUCUAGGGAGAGACGGGCAUCUCAGCGCAACCGCCGGGAGCUGGAAUCCAUCCCUGAAGCACUAACCUUCCAGCCCGUGGAAGCCUACCCACCCCCAGGACUUUCCUACAGGUGCACAGCUGAAGGACCCUUAGCCCAGGGUCGGAACUCCGAGAGCCACAGCCCCAGGAUGGACGCCUUGCAUUACCCAGUGGCGGCUCCCCCUGUCUGUAGGACUUCCUGCCAGCAGAGGGUGCUACUGCACCCGCACGCAUCCAGGGGGGUUCUGAGGAGAAGCUGCACACUGCACCGUUGCCCCCCUCAGGUGAUGGACAGGAGGCGGGCAAGCCACCCCACGUCCACUAGCUACUGUAGUGCCACCAUGCACCCGAGUCUCCGGUUCAGCACCGACCUCUCCCAGGAGACAGAUCUGGACCACAGAGUUUCUCCACAGCGAGACGAGGUCCGGCGGGGGUACUUGCCCGGAGGGGGGUAUAGUGGUAGCACUGCCCCUCAGCCAAGCGGCACCGAGGCACCAGCCGGUACCCGGGCCAGAGCCAGGGAGGACCAGCGGCAGGACCACUGGUUUCACACUCUGGGUCAUUCGCAGGACAUCCACGACACGUGGCCCAAGUCAGCGGGCCGCGGCAGCCUGAGACCCGGGCUGUACAGCACCCUGGACAGCCACGCCCCCGGCGUGCCAAGGGCCACCCCCACAAACCCCAGGGCGCAACGGAACCAGCUGCUGCGGGAGCGGGCUCUGCGGCUGGCAGAUGAGCGUGGCGGCGUCACCACUGACGAGGAGACGGAGUCCAAGGUGGGCCGCUACUGGAGUCGCACAGAGCGGAGACAGCAGCUGCAGCUGGCCCGCGAGCAGCGGCUGCAAGCCCUGGCGCGUGGGGAGGCGGGGCCCAGCGACGGGGGGCCCCGGCCCACAACCGUUCUGGAGCUCAGCCAUCGCAAGCUCAGCCGGCUGCGUAACCGCAAGCUGCUAGACGACUGGACCACAGUGGAGGAGCUGCUGACCCACGGAACCAGGCUGAGCAGCCGGGACGGAGUGCGCUGCCCCGGCUCCCUGCUGUCCGUCACCACGGUCUAGCCCCCCUGGCAUUGAGCCCAACCUUGUGUUGCUUAUGCGUCGACCGCAGAAAUAAAAGCACACUGGAUAUUUCGGCGCUGCGCGCUACACACUAAUGGCGGAGCACGUUUACUUCUAGGUGCGUAACGAGGAACAGGAUGCGCGAGGGACCUGAGGUUCAGAUCUUAUUGCCUCAAAGCGUGAGUGCGUCUUGUUGUCAAGACCUCUGAGGCCAACAGUCUGUGAGAGGGUUGGCCAAGCUGGGUGUUUUGAGACAGUUUUUAUUCUCAUGUCAGUUAUAUUGCAGUUUAGGGAUUUUUUUGUGACCUGUGCUCAGUGGCCAGUUUGUUAUAUACACCUAGUAAGUACAGGGUAGAGCCCACUUUUGCAUCCAGAACCACUUUAAGGGUAAACAAGAACAUUUAGAGAUGCAAUUCUGCACACUGCAGCUCUAAUGAGCCGUUAUUUUUGCUUGUGGCCAUCCUGUUAGCUUUGACGUGUCAUUCUCCUCUGACCACUCACAUUUACAACGUGUUUUGGAGACAGACACACCAUUGACUGGAUAUUUUUAUCAUACUAUUUCCUAUAAACUCCAGACACUAGUGUGCAAAAAUCCCAAAAUGGUGGCUGUUUCUGUGAUGCUUGAACCAACAAUCACACCACAAUGAAAAUCACCCAGAUCAUGCAUCUUUGCCAUUGUAAUGAUUAGCCAUAUUUAAUCUUUUGACCCUGUCGGUGCUGUAUGUCUUCAGCAACCCCAUGACUGGCUGUUAAAGCAGAACGUUAGUAUUAACAGGCAGGUGCAUCUAAUGAACUGGCCAUUGAUAGUAUGCAGAAAUGUUUCCUGCAUUUUCCUACGUUUGUCGUUUUAAACAAGAGGAGACCAACCCUUUGUACCUAUAUCCUGUUGACGGUGGUUGUUCGUAUAUUUUUCUUCUUCUUCAUAUGUUCAUAAGUCACUUUCUUUAGCAAGAAGGCAUUCAGUAACUUUGUUUUUAUUACACUACAAUUAUUUAAACUCAAUGUUACUUAAAUGACAAUUCACCCAAUCUGAACGUCGGGGCAACGGUUGCGUGUGUUUGGAGCUGCACCGGCUGCUGAUGUCAUCACUGGGAGACGACUGUUAAUUCAUUGUCAGCCCGACUCUAAUGUUCCCUGGGGGGCGCUGAGGAGCUGGGGCGUGGCAGCCCAGAGGCCCGCCUUUGGCCAGGCAUAUCGGGAGGAUGCCAAUUUGGCGUGCAGCAGGAAAACCCGGGACCUCCCACCGCGGGGAACGCUGGUCCACGGCGUGUGGGAGACGUGGCGAUGGAGCGCAGCACUCUCCGUGAGAGCGACACCGUGCCAGCAUUCGCCCGCCACCUACUGGACAGUCCGCGCAUCGCAAGUUACAUAACUGAAUGACUGGAGAUACGGAUGAAGCCAUCUCCGCCGAGCGGUGUGAACGCAACAGGAGGAGGACAUGCGAGCUGAGUACAGCCCAGCUUUCCCUUUGCCUCCUUCAUCUGCGGCGUGAGUCAGGUCGCUGAGCUCUGCACGGAUACAGACCGGGCGGCUCUGUGGCACUCGCCCGUUACUGCCGCCAGCCAGCGUUUCACAUUGUCACUGCGAUCUGCCUCAUCUUCGGGCGCUGUGACUAACUGAGCCCCUCCCUCAAAGGACAACGUCCCCCUCUGCUGUAAAAAAAAAAGCAAAAAACAAACAAAAAAAGACUUAAGCUAUUUUCUCUCUGCUAUCUAGAAUUUUCAUCAAAACAUUGUAUAUGUGGAUGUAAUAAAAGGUGAAAUGGCGACACCAGCAAAUGUGACGCGUGACGGUGGCAUUUUCUGCGACUGAGACUAGGGUCUUCCCAGUUCAGGGGGCAUCCUCUCCUCUGCUGG